ACUACCUCAGCAGUAUGGAGCGUACAUCAGUGUUAGCGGCACGGCCCGACCCGUCUACCCUCGGUGCCAAGUUUACGCCUGGAACUCUGGGAUCAGCGUUUACUCCAUUAUCUCGAGUGCCACCCGCCUUCCCGCUGUUCCAGUCAUUACCAUUUUUGCAUCAAGUGCCACCUACCAGUGCUAAACAACACGCUCCCCUUGGUCUUGAAUCAAGACUGAUGGGGAUGCUGCAAAAUUACGGAUCUAUGCCUCUGGGUCAGCUGCCGUGGGCGGCUCUGGGUGCUGGCGACCUGGCCCUCAACCGUCUCCUGUUGACUCCUGGAGGCCGCCUCAGCCGACCCAAGAAGCGCUACAUCUGCAAGUAUUGUCAACGGGAGUUUACCAAGAGCUACAACCUGCUGAUCCACGAGAGAACACACACGGACGAGCGGCCCUUCCCCUGCGACAUCUGCGGCAAGGCCUUCAGGAGACAAGACCACCUCCGCGACCACAAGUACAUCCACAGCAAGGAGAAGCCCUUCAAGUGUGAGGUGUGUGGCAAGGGGUUCUGUCAGGCGCGCACCCUGGCCGUCCACAAGGCCCAGCACGCCCACGACUCCACCCCGCCCACGCCCAUCCUCACACCCACUUCACCACGUAUAUCUCCCGCCCUACCUACCUGUGACUCCCAUGAUACUGACGAAGUGGUUGACGUGCUUCACUGUGACGAUGACGACGUGGUAGAAGACGACGUGAUGCAAACAGUGACAGAGGAGGACGAGGAGCUGCCUGUGGUAGUGCCACCUCCCAAGAGACUCGGCUUCUCCAUCGCCGACAUCAUGAGAAGAUAGAGGUAGUGCACCCUUUCUCCCCCCUACCCAGUGCCAUGUCCCCCACCAAGCUUUAAUUAUUAUGUACAACUGCUGCAUAUUGUGGCUCUUAUUAUGUUGAAUAUUAUGUGUAUUAAAUUUGUAUGAUUUAUGUUUAUUAAAAAAUCUUGAAUGUU